UACGCGUAGAUGUAUGGGGGAAAGAAACGGCAUCGUUUUGGUAAAGAAAGAGCGCGUGGGUAAAGCUUAAGAAGAAGUUGAGGGUUGUCUGUCUGUCUUUACCUCGCACUCGCGGAUCCAAUUGGUUCUUGGAACCCUCGGAGACGAAGACCACAAAUCGAGGGUUAAAGAACUGGAAUCUGUUAUCAGUAACUGUAUGCGUAUGUGUUCCGAUUAGAUUAGAGUAAAGUAAUGAAGGGGUGGAGGGGAUCAAGACAAGGCGGCGACAGUGCCUCCUCGCCGGUUGCUGUGGAGCGGAGUCUGACAUCAUCGAGCAGUAUUCGACUUGGUCGUGUUCAGCCCCAGGCGCCAGGUCAUCGCACUGUUUUCUGCAACGAUCGCGAUGCCAACUAUCUUGCCAAAUACAAGGGAAAUGCUGUAUCAACAACGAAGUACAAUGUUAUUACCUUUUUACCGAAGGGGCUGUAUGAGCAGUUCAGGCGGGUGGCUAACCUGUACUUUCUUACGAUCUCUUGUUUAUCGUUUACACCUGUCAGUCCUGUUAGUCCAAUUACAAAUGUGAUCCCACUAAGUCUUGUGCUUUUUGUCUCUCUUGUCAAGGAAGCAUUUGAGGAUUGGAAGCGUCUUCAAAAUGAUAUGACGAUAAACAACUCUUGUGUGGAUGUGCUGCAAGAGCAGAGGUGGGAAUCCAUUCCCUGGAAGAAGCUUCAGGUCGGGGACAUUGUUAGAGUGAAGCAGGAUGGGUUCUUUCCAGCUGAUUUGCUACUUCUAGCAAGUACAAACCCUGAUGGUGUUUGCUAUACUGAGACCGCAAAUCUGGAUGGUGAAACAAAUCUUAAAAUCAGGAAAGCUUUGGAGAAGACAUGGGAUUAUGUGGCUCCUGAGAAAGCCUCAGAGUUUAAAGGUGAAAUACAAUGUGAACAACCAAACAAUUCACUCUAUACCUUCACCGGAAAUUUGAUACUUCAAAAGCAAACUAUACCUAUUGGUCCAAAUCAAAUUCUGUUGCGAGGAUGCAACCUACGUAAUACAGAGUACAUUGUUGGGGCUGUUAUAUUUACUGGACACGAGACUAAGGUAAUGAUGAAUGCCAUGAAUGUUCCUUCGAAAAGGAGUACAUUAGAGAGAAAACUUGACAAAGUAAUAGCUACACUUUUUGGUGUUCUUCUCUGCAUGUGUUUGAUCGGGGCCAUAGGCAGUGCGGUAUUCGUGAAUAAGAAAUACCACUACUUGGAGCUCUGGAUUAGUGGGGAUUCUCAGCAGUUCAAUCCACGAAACAGAUUUGUGGUCUUUGUUCUAAGCAUCUUUACCCUGAUUACUCUGUAUUCACCGAUUAUUCCGAUUUCUCUUUAUGUUUCUAUUGAGAUGAUUAAAUUCGUUCAGUCAACUAAGUUCAUAAACAACGACUUGCACAUGUACCAUAGUGAGACCAAUACACCUGCAUUAGCACGCACGUCGAAUCUGAACGAGGAACUUGGACAGGUGGAGUAUAUAUUUUCUGAUAAAACUGGAACUCUGACACGAAACUUGAUGGAGUUCUUUAAAUGUUCUAUUGGUGGAGAGACGUACGGAACUGGUGUUACAGAAAUAGAAAUGGGAGCAGCAAGGAGGAACGGUUUAAAUAUCAAGGAGAAAACAUCGUCUAAUACAGCACGUGAGAAGGGUUUCAAUUUUGAUGAUGCAAGGCUUAUGCAUGGUGCUUGGAGGAACGAACCUAAUCCAGAUAUGUGCAAGGAAUUUUUCAGAUGCCUUGCUAUAUGCCAUACCGUACUUCCGGAAGGUGAAGAAACGCCAGAAAAGCUUAGGUAUCAAGCGGCAUCACCAGAUGAGGCUGCUCUAGUUACCGCAGCGAAAAACUUCGGUUUCUUCUUCUACAGGCGUACACCUACUAUGAUCUAUGUCCGUGAAUCACAUGUUGAGAAAAUCGGAAAAGUUCAAGAUGUCACAUAUGAAAUUUUGAAUGUCCUUGAGUUUAACAGUACAAGGAAACGCCAGUCUGUUGUAUGUCGUUAUGGAGAUGGAAGACUUGUAUUAUACUGCAAGGGUGCUGAUACUGUAAUUUACGAGAGAUUAGCCAGUGGCAAUGACGAAUUAAAGAAAAUUAGCAGGGAGCAAUUGGAGCAAUAUGGAGAAGCUGGAUUGAGAACUCUUUGUUUGGCCUACAGGGAUUUAAGUCCAGAAACAUAUGAAAGUUGGAAUGAGAAAUUUAUUCAGGCAAAAUCUUCUUUACGUGACCGUGAAAGAAAAUUGGAUGAGGUGGCAGAACUGAUAGAGAAGGAUCUUACUCUGAUUGGAUGCACUGCGAUUGAAGAUAAACUCCAAGAAGGGGUACCAUCCUGUAUAGAAACUCUUUCAAGGGCUGGAAUUAAGAUUUGGGUGCUUACGGGGGACAAAUUGGAAACCGCGAUAAAUAUAGCUUAUGCUUGCAAGUUAAUUAACAAUGACAUGAAACAGUUUGUUAUCAGUUCAGAAACUGAUGCCAUCAGGGAGGUUGAAAGCAGAGGUGACCAAGUGGAAAUUGCCCAGUUUAUAAGAGAAACAGUGAAAAAUGAGCUUCAAAAGUGCCAUGAAGAAGCACAACAUAUCGUUCAUGGGUCAACAGGACAGAAAUUGUCCCUUCUGAUAGACGGAAAGUGUUUAAUGUAUGCUUUAGACCCAAAUUUGCGAUCUACAUUGCUUAGUUUGAGUUUAAGUUGCAGUUCAGUCGUCUGUUGCCGUGUUUCUCCUUUACAGAAGGCGCAGGUUACUCGGCUGGUGAGAAAAGGUGCAAAUAAGAUAACUUUGAGCAUCGGUGACGGUGCAAACGACGUUGGGAUGAUUCAAGCGGCUCAUGUUGGUGUUGGAAUAAGUGGUAUGGAAGGGAUGCAGGCUGUGAUGGCCAGUGAUUUUGCAAUCGCUCAGUUCCGUUUCCUAACAGAUUUACUUCUUGUGCACGGAAGAUGGUCUUAUCUUAGAUUAUGCAAGGUUGUUUCAUACUUCUUUUACAAGAAUCUUACGUUUACGCUCACCCAGUUUUGGUACACCUUCCAAACUGGCUACUCUGGUCAACGGUUCUAUGAUGAUUGGUUCCAAUCUCUCUAUAAUGUUAUUUUCACUGCCUUGCCUGUUAUCAUUGUCGGACUGCUUGACAAGGACGUGAAUGCAUCACUUUCAAAAAAGUACCCGCAAUUAUAUAAACAGGGAAUAGACAAUGCCUUCUUUAAUUGGAAAGUUGUGGGUACAUUAGCGUGCUUUUCAGUUUAUCAAUCGGUAAUCGUGUAUAACUUUGCGAUUGCUUCUAGUACGACUGGUUUAACCUCUUCUGGAAAGAUAUUGGGGGUGUGGGAUAUAAGCACGGCUGCGUUUACAUGUCUUGUCAUAACUGUCAAUUUGCGUCUUCUUAUGAUGUGCAACACAGUUACAAGGUGGCACAGUAUAAGUGUUGGUGGCAGCAUUUUAGCAUGGUUCAUAUUCAUCUUUAUAUACUCUCUUGUUUUUGUUAAUAAGGGGACCUAUUUCACCAUCUAUGUACUAAUGAGCACUGCCUACUUGUAUCUGCUAGCCAUUCUUGUUCCCAUUGUUGCCCUUUUGGGUGACUUUUUGUAUCAAGGGGCUCAGAGAUGGUUCUACCCGUAUGAUUACCAAAUUGUUCAGGAAAUCCACAGACACGAGCCAGAGUCUAUCGGUGCGGGAUUACUGGAGGUCGGGAAUCAGCUGACACCAGAAGAGGAAAGGAGGUAUGCCUUUGCCCUACUUCCAAGGGAAAGGUCAAAGCACACGGGUUUUGCCUUUGACUCACCCGGGUACGAGUCAUUUUUUGCCACACAGCAGGGCGUUAGUGCUCCACAGAAACCUUGGGAUGUGAUUCGACGAGCCAGCAUGAAACCUAAGUCGAAAUCACCUCGAACCAGUCGUCAUUAGAAGUUAAGCUGUACACAAAAACAAAGACAAUUAGAGAAUUAUUGUUAUUAUCUACUUACUUUUUUGGCAGUUGAAUACAUUUUUGUAAGUUUUAAGAAAAAGAUGUAUAAUUUGAUGUGAGUAGAACCUUCUUAUUAGUGAUAUAAUGAUUCUUUGGUUCUUCUUUUC